AUGUUCACCUUCACCCCCCUCCUCGGCGCGCAGUCACCCUCGCCAGCCUCUCAGUCCCUACUCGAGCUCGAUGGCGGCGUCAAGAUCCUCGUCGACGUCGGCUGGGACGAGUCCUUCGACAGCACGAAGCUACAAGCUCUCGAGAAGCAUGUCAGCACGCUCAGCAUCGUACUCCUCACCCACGCGACCAUCGAGCACAUUGGCGCAUACGCGCAUUGCUGCAAACAUGUCCCCGGCUUCAGCAGGAUACCUUGCUAUGCCACGACUCCGGUGAUGAACAUGGGGAGGACUUUGACGCUGGACUUGUAUGGAAGUAGCCCGAAUGCAGCAUCCACGAUACCAAGGGACAGCAUCUACUCUUCGCCAGUCACUGCGGCAGCAGACGAGGCGGCGAACCUGUUACUGCAGGCGCCGACUGCGGACGAGGUUGCGACUUACUUCUCUCUCAUCAACCCACUGAAGUACUCGCAACCGCACCAGCCAAUACCUUCGCCAUUCUCACCUCCCCUGGCAGGCCUUACUAUUACUGCGUACAGCGCCGGACAUACGCUCGGUGGUACUUUGUGGCACAUUCAACAUGGUCUAGAAAGCAUAGUCUACGCCUCAGAUUGGAAUCUGGGAAGAGAGAACUUUUUGCCAGGCGCAGCAUGGCUAAGCUCAGGCGACGGCGGCGAGGUCCUGGAGCCCUUACACAGACCGACGGCAUUGGUGUGCUCGAGUCGAGGCGUGGAAAGAACGGAGACGUUGGCGAAAAGGGACAGAGACUUAAGAAUAGUAAGCUUGAUUCGGGAGACAGUGGCACAAGGGGGUAAGGUCUUGAUACCUACCGAUUCAUCUUCACGGGUACUGGAGCUAGCGUUCCUCUUGAACACGACAUGGCGCGAAAACAUCGACGGACCUCACUCGGACACAUAUCGAAAUGCACGUAUCUACAUGGCUUCCAGAGGCAGCAAGACUAGCGUACGAUAUCUGCAGAGCAUGCUGGAGUGGAUGGACGCUAGUGUGGUGCAGAAUGCUGAAGCCGCCAUCACGAGGGGCGACGCGCAGGGCAACAGCUCGGGGCCACUGGACUGGAAGUUUGUGCACCAAGUGGAGCGGAGAAGCCAGGUGGAGAAGGCACUGAAGAAAGGCAAGCCAUGCGUGCUGCUGGCAAGUGAUGCGAGCCUGGAGUGGGGUGUCUCGAGUCAAGCGCUCCAGAGCCUUGCUUCCAACCCGAAGAACUUGGUCAUCCUCACAGAGGUUGCUGGUCAAGUCGAAGCAAAGCGGAGAGGCGUUGGGAGGCAGCUAUGGGAGAUGUAUCAAAGUCGGCAAGGUCUGGACUUAUCCCAGAACGGCGCGAAGGUCGUCAAUGGCGACGGUCAUGCUGUCGAGCUGCGCCUAUCGAAACCCGAGCCCUUGACUUCUGAUGAAAACAUGGUUUAUCAGCAGUACAUCGCUCGACAACGGCAGAUGCACAGCUCGCUACAGGGCGAUACUACGCUGCUUGGUGACACAGCCGCUGAUCUCGCCGACGAUCAAGCGUCUGAAUCCUCCGAAUCGGAAGAUGAGGAUGACGACGCGGAGCAUCAGGGGCGAGCCUUUAAUGUCUCGGCUCAGCUGACUUCGAACAAACGAAAGACCACUGGCCUUACUGACGCCGAGCUAGGUGUCAACAUCCUGCUUCGAGGGAAGGAUGUCUACGACUACGACGUCCGCAACAAGCGUGGACGAGAGAAGAUGUUCCCAUUCGUUGCGCACCGCAGCCGAAACGAUGAGUUUGGUGACGUGAUUAAGCCGGAAGAUUACCUCAGGGCCGAGGAGCGAGAUGAUGUGGAUGGUGUAGAUCUGAAGAACGCCAAUGUAGAGGGAGUGGAUGGGAAUGCCGCGAAGGGCCAGAAGAGGAAGUGGGACGAUUCAGUCAAGGGAAGGAGGGAUCGAGAACAGAAAGGGCCAAACAAGAAGGCCAAGACUGAACAAAAAGAUGGACCGGAUGCCAUUGAUGCUGUCAUUGCCAAGGUCACUGGCGAGUCUGGGUCCGGCGGCGGUGGGGCAGUCUCCAACGGAACUGUGGAGGAGGAAAGCAGUGACAGCGAGGAGAGCGAGUACGAGCCCGAAGACGACGCGGAAGCGAAGCCACAGAAGAUCGCGUUCAGCACCCAGAGUCUGGAGCUCCAUCUGCGCAUUGCAUAUGUCGACUUCUCUGGGCUGUAUCGCUUAAACGACUUGCAAGGACUCAUCGGACGCAUAAACCCGAGAAAGCUCAUUGUGACGGCUGGUGAUAUGAGCGAGACCAGAUUGCUAGCCGAUACCUGCCGCGCAGUCGAGAAUGGCACCGCUGUUGGGGAGAUCUUCACGCCGGUCGAUGGAGAAGUGGUGGACGCCAGCGUUGACACCAACGCGUGGACUGUGAAGCUGACGCGACAACUGGUGAGAAGGCUGAAUUGGAAAGAUCUGGGAACCGACAAGCCCAGUAUCGCUGCUAUAUCUGGCCUCUUGGGAUCUGAGUCUGCCGAAGAGAGCCUGAAGACAGAGCCGGAGGAGGAGGGAGCAAAGAAGAAGCUCAAGCUCACCAAAGCCGGCCAACAGCCUACGGGCCACACCGAUUCUGCAAAGGCUGCGCUACCCAUACUGGACCUCCUUACUGCGCAGUCAACAACACUUCAUCAGCGAGCCGCACAGCCUGUGCACGUUGGUGACCUGCGCCUGGCUGAGAUCCGAGCUGCUGUCCAAGCCCAAGGGCACACGGCGGAGUUCAGAGGUGGCGGCACUCUGCUGGUAGAUGGGACGGUGCUUGUGAGGAAGAGUCCUACCACUGGUAGCAUCGAGGUUGAGGGGGCAAAUGCCGCGCUCAGUACGCCGGGGUGGAGGACGAUGACGAAUGAGGCGACGUUUUAUGCUGUCAAGCGUGUGAUCUAUGAGCGUCUUGCUGUCGUUUCUGGAGCCUGA